AUGCGGUGCAAGAAGCGCGUACCGACGGAUACUUUGAUGCCCAUUAUUCAGGCGGGAGUUAUUCCAUCAUGCUUGGAGUUAAAUUGCCGCGGUGUGCUGAAGCCAGAAAUUACGUUUUUUGGUGAAAUUCUGGAUGAUAAAGUGAGCACAACUAUAACAAAAGACCGCUUGCAAGCAGAUCUUCUUCUUGUCAUGGGAACAUCGCUUAAGGUUGCUCCUGUCAUGGAGAUUCCAGGAUAUCUACCCUCACAUAUACCUCAGGUUGUGAUCAACAAAACCGCGCUGAAGAAAAAAAGCUGA